GCCUUAUCUUCUGCGAUAGGUAAUCGGCAGUGUCCAGUAUAUUAGAGAACACAGUGAAAAGUAGUUUUUAUGUUUUCGUACGAAUGUACCUAAUUGGUUUGAUAUUGUAUUUCUGUAUCCUGACCCGCGCCUCUGUAAUCUUUGAGGAUUGCGGGUCCGAAUAUGACUUGGUAACGGUAAACAUAGAUGGAUGUGAUCACAGUCCUCCAUGCUACGUCACACUCGGGGAUAGAAUACCAGUUAAUGUGCGAUUCUACGCAGACUUUGCAUCUUUGCAGCUUGAUCAAGAUGUCAUCAUUAAGCUUAACUUCGUCAAUGCCAGAACGCCUGUGACGCCGGAGCCUUGUGACAUCCUCUUAUGCCCCGUGCAGACCGACGCUCUUACAUCCUUUACUAGUGUUAUGUCGGUACCAACUAAUAUGGCAUUGAACCAACGCGGAUACCUUCAAUGGCGAGUAUACAAUGAGAAAAACCGGGUGGUAUUAUGUUACUCCGUGCUUGUUCAGACACAGACCUAUAUUCAGAAAAUGUUGAGACAGGCUUCUCUCCUUACCAAGGCUCUUACCGAUGACGAGAUUAAAGUUGUACAGCAUCCUUUGGGGCACCCCCUCAAUCCCGUUGGAAACUUACCAAACGUUACUUUUGAAUUUUACGAAUAACAAUGUUUAUUUAUAUAUAUUAUUACAACAUGUACAUUAAAAGAUAAAUAGACCAAUACAUUUUAUCAAAAAUCACAUAAAGUAUACUAAUCGUAAAUCAAUAUUGUAACUACUGCUAUAUGUUUUCUAUUAUGAAAUGUAAUCAGAUAAAACCCUAAAUAAAUACUAGUAAUAAA